AUGCUUAUGGGAAGGACCCUCACCGAAGCGUUGCGCAGUCUGCAUGUCUUGGAUCCCAAGACCGACUUGGCCGCCGAAGAAACGCACCAAAGCUUGUCCGCCAAUGGUGGCAGUGUUCAACAUUCUGCUAUCACGUCUACCCACAACGUAAGCCUGGCUCUGGAUGUAACAAUAUACACCAUUCAAUUCAUCUUUUGUUGUCAUGUUCCUCUUCUGUUGGCUUGUGCUGCCAUUCCUGUCGCUCUUGCAGCACCAGCCAGGACUUUCAACAUCACUACAACCCAAGACUGCUUCGACUAUGUCAUUGUCGGUGGUGGCCUCACUGGUCUGAUUGUCGCAAGCCGUCUCUCGGAGAACCCUUACAUCAGGGUUCUUGUCAUUGAAGGCGGGCAAGACAAUCACGACGAUUCCCGAGUCUACGAUGUGCGCACCUACGGACAAGCAUUCGAGUCCGACCUCGAUUACAACAUGACUUCGACACCCAUCUCGUGGAGACAUGGAACCAAGCUCCCUAUGGUUGCCGGCAAGACUCUCGGCGGAUCUGGCAGCAUCAACGGAGCAAGCUGGACAAAAGGACCAAAGACACAAUACGACCUCCUUCCACUACUCACCGGUGAUAUGUCGUGGGGCUGGGAUGGUUUGAACCAGUAUAUGCUCGGCGCUGAACACUUCCACACUCCUUCAAACGACUCGAAGUCUAAAGGGGCUGAUUACGAUGGCUAUAAGCACGGCUACAACGGUCCCGUUCAAGUCUCCUUCGCUCAGGGCAUGUUUGGAAGUAUACAACAACCUGCUCUCAAUGCUUCUCAACAGAUCUGGGGCCUCGAACAUGUCGAUGAUGCCGCUUCUGGAACUGUGAAUGGUUUCACCACCAUACCCAACAUGGUACAACCUGAUCAGAGUCAAAACAGGUCUUCGCCUUACACUGCAUACAUACUUGGCGAGCCAGAAGAACGCGACAAUCUCGUCAUCCUCACCGGCCAUCGUGCCGUCGAGAUCCGCUGGAACAACACUUGCUCAGAAGCAGAGCCUGACUGUGUCUUGACUGCUGAUGGUGUUUACUACCAAGCUUCCCACGAGAGUGAGAGACUUUUCGUCAAGGCAACUCGUGAAGUCCUUCUCGCUGCUGGUUCCAUGCAAAGCCCUCAACUCCUUGAACUUUCCGGUGUCGGCGACCCAGCAAUCUUGAACAAAGCCGGCGUUCCUGUGCAGAAAGCCAUCAAGGGCGUAGGCAAGAACCUUCAAGAGCAGACCAAGAACACAAUCACCUAUAUACCAAAGUCGGAUGACCUCGAAGGCUCAGGCCCCUCGUCAGCCAUCGCAUUUCCCAAUGUCCAUCAACUGCUCGGCAACACAUCUUCUGCUGUACACGCAGAGACUCUUGCCAGCCUAGCCUCCUACGCAGCCGACCUCGAAGCACAAGGUCUCGUCGCCAACGCCACAGCCACACACGAGCUUCUGAAGUACCAAGUCGCAAACCUAUUCAAUCAAAGCGAAGCCGCGGCCGAAAUCUUCUUCACCUUGGCUCCGAAAACAGACUCUGCUCCCGCGACCGUAGGUGCCGAUAUCUGGAACCUGAUUCCUCUGGCUAGAGGUACUGUCCACAUUUCCAGCAACAAUUCUUUCGACAUGCCCAUCAUUGAACCUUCGUACUUUAAACACCCUCUAGAUCUACACUUGCAGACUCUGGCAACCAGACAAGCAGCCCAAGUCUACUCCACUACCCCUCUGGCAGAUAUGAUCAACAAACGCGUCUUCCCAUCUUUUGAUCUGCAAUCCUACGACGCUUGGCAAGCCUUUGUCAAAGACACGUUUACUUCUGUAUGGCACCCCAUCGCCACAUUAAGCAUGAUGAAAGAGGAAAUGGGUGGAGUGGUGGAUAAUAGGUUGAAAGUGUAUGGAUUGGAGAAUGUGAGGGUUGUGGAUGCUAGUGUGUUGCCUGUGCAGCUGUCUGCGCAUUUGAGUUCUAGUCUCUAUGGUAUCGCGGAAAAGGCUGCGGCAAUGAUAAAAGAGGAUCAGAAGUGA